AUGGGGCGGCCCCUCUCCGAUGCGGACUGGGCGGCCGCGAAGGACGUCCAGGCCCGAGGCACGGUCCAGGGGGCGGUUACGACCCCCAGCACCAGCAGCCGCAGCAGCAGCAGCAGCCGCCACAGCAGCGCCGCCAGUACCCCAGAGGUGGGCACGCGGCUCUCGGAGGAGUACGAGGUCGGAGGCGUGCUCGGAGAGGGUGCGCACGCGGUGGUGUACGUGGCGCGGCGCAGGACUGACGGCCAGACCGUUGCGGUGAAGAUGGUCGACAAGGCGAGGACGCCGAUUGCCCAGGUUGAGAAGGAGGCCGAGCGUCUGCGGGCCGUGCAGCACCACGAGUGCAUCGUGAAGUUCCACGGGGUCUUCUUUGAGCAGGGCUUCGCGUGCAUAGUCAUGGAUGAGUACGCGGGGGGGGCCCUCAUCGACGGGCUACACCGCCACCUGAAGAGGAUAGGUAAGGUCGAGUGCUCCUCGGUGGCGCACAUCAGCUUCCAGAUGGCGAAGGCCCUGUGCCACAUUCACGGGAGGAACAUCGUCCACAGGGACGUCAAGGGUGAUAAUUUCCUCAUGGACAGGAAGAACAUGAUCGAUCCUGAGUGCCGCAUUGCGCUCACGGAUUUCGGCUCCUCGACGUCUGUCUCACACGGGAAGAGGUUGAGCAAAGAGGUGGGCACCAGGAAGUUUUGGGCGCCAGAAAUCUUCAGAGGGGACUACGGCCCGAAGGUGGACAUUUGGGCAAUGGGCGUCACGAUGUACGUCCUGUUGAAGGGCUCCUUCCCUUUCAAGAGCGAUGAGGACAUCUGCCAGAAGAAUUGGGAGCUGAACUUCCCCAGCCUGGACUCCGCAUGCAGGGACUAUCUCAGGGCCAUGCUCACGAGGGACGAGAAGGCCCGCGCAUCCUCCGAGGACGUCAUGGUCUGCAGAUGGGUCGACUGGGGCAGAGGGGCCGCGGCCCGUCCGAUUCCGCUGGCUUCUUCUCUGCCCCCUUCGAGUGGCUCGCUGCGUGGCGGGCCGCGGAGUGCAGCCGAUUCGGCGGUGACCACGGCUCGAGUGAGCCACGCUGCAGCUGUCCAGGAGGCGAAGGGUGAGGGCGUGGGCGGGGAGAGGGAGAAUGCUGGGAACGUCCACGGCCUCGACGCCUGCGUCGCUGCCGCGGAGAAGGAGCCUCAGCCCUCCUGGGAGAAGUGGUCGAAGAUCGCUGCUCGAUCGCGCUGGGUCGGCGAGACGCUGAAGUGUGAGUGA